GUAGGUUACUUGGUCUCGCGCACACAUAUCAGUAUAUUACAUAGGACAUAUUCUCUCUCUCUCUCUCUCUCUCUAGGCUCUAGCUUGCUUAGUAGCUUCCCCUAUCUUUUGUCUUUAAUCUGUAAAAGUAGGAAUUGGAUGCUUCUUUUAACUGUUUUAUGCAAUUUCCCAUUCUUGCUAUGUUGCUAUUGCUUGUACAAUUAGUAUUCCCAUCAUAAACAUUUCAUGAAUCACCAAACCGGGCAGAAUCUUUUGACCCAUUCUAGUUUCUGCAUAAAUUCAUUCAGAAUUUGAUUCUUUUUGCCAAAAAACUGUCUUGUAAUAUCGGCCAAGUCAUUGAAGGGUUUCGGUGUCUGCCCUUUUUGAAUUUAAACCUCUUUAAAAAGAAUCUCCUUAUAAAUUCCAUACCCAUAAGAACUCCAUUCCUCCUUUGUUUCUUUGAAGGUUUGAAAUGUUUGUUAAUGAUGCACAUAGUAUAGGAUCAAGUCAAGAUAUACCCAUUUCUUUGUUUUUGGGUUGGGAAUCUUGGGGGUUUUGUUUAUUUUAUUGGAUAAAUAAAAAAAAGGAAUCUGCUUUCUUUUUGGGUAAUCACAGCAAGCUGUAGCUUAGCAACAACUACUGUCCAUUCACUCCAUCUUUCUCUACUUUACUUUAUGCUCUGAAAGGUUAACACUUUCUUGUCUGUUACAAUUUACUUUUCAUCCUUUGAUCAUCAUGGCAUUUUGAAGGGUAAGUAGAGGUGUUGGUAUGUUGUAAGAUAUUAUGCCCUGCUACACUGGAUUUCACUCCUAUUCUUUUGUCCAUGGGAGGGUUUCUUUUGUACUGUAAAGCUGCCAUUUUGUUCCUUGUUGAGUCUUGCAAGAUAUGAGUAACCCUAAGCCUAUUUUUGGUCAAACCCAACUUUUUCAACUUUACCCCUAUAUUUCUUUCUGUGAAUCGUGGAAUGGGGGUUUCCUCCUUUUAAGUGUAUGAUAGCUGUUAGCUGGGUAGGUAUUAGCUUAGCUUAAGUUUUCGUAGAUCCUGUACUGCUUUUUUUUUUUUUUUUUACUUUUACUUUUCUACUUCUUUCUUCUUCUUCUUCAUCUGUAUUUGUUGAUUGAUAACAACAUAUGGCUUCUUCUUCUGAGGAUAAUAAUAAUAAUAAUAAUGAUAGUGAAAUGGGUUUCCAAUAUAGAGGUGAAAUGAGCUCAGGAUCCAUGUUCAACAAGUCUUCAAGUGGGUCUGGCAAUCCCUUCGGAUCGGGUUGGGAUCCACUCGAGAAUUUCGGUGGUUCAUCGGCUUACCCAGUUGGGCUUGAGAAUCAUCAGGGUCUUAUUCAUCAUUAUCAAUCUGGUUCAGGCAUUGGUGAUUUGGUCCCAAAACUUGGGUCUUUUGGAAGUGGAAGUUUCUCAGAAAUGGUAAAUCCCUUUGCUAACAACCUCAAUCCCGAAUGCGGGGCUUCUUCAUCGCCAAAUAGCAGAGACAAAAGAAGAGCCCCUCAUUCUCAAUUCAAACCCAUCACGAAUGGUGAAAGAGAAGAAAGAAACGAUGGGUCUGGUGAUGCCUCAGAGAAAGAUGAGAAGAAACAGAAAAUUGAACAUGAUUCGAGAGUAGGCAAGCAAAUAGGUAAACAAGCGGCAGCCAAGGAUAAUUCGGAUAGUGGGGGAGCUCCUAAAGACAACUACAUUCAUGUGAGAGCCAAAAGAGGCCAGGCUACCAACAGUCAUAGCCUUGCAGAAAGGGUCAGGAGAGAAAAGAUCAGUGAGAGAAUGAAAUUGCUUCAAGAACUUGUUCCUGGAUGCAAUAAGAUCACUGGAAAAGCAGUAAUGCUUGAUGAGAUCAUCAACUACGUUCAGUCGCUCCAACAACAGGUGGAGUUCUUAUCAAUGAAACUAGCAACUGUGAAUCCAGAACUGAACAUUGACAUGGAUCGCCUUGUGUUUAAAGAUUUGCAGAUUCUUCAUUCACGGGGAAGCACUUCCAAUCCAGGAUUUGGAUUCAGCCCGGCAUUAACCUCAUCCCACCAUUCGUAUCCACACCCACACCCACACGCUACAACUGCACCGAUGCAUCCUAUCCACCCUCAGCCCGCAUGGGAUAACGAUCUUAACAAUCUUCUCCAAAUGGGAUUUGAUGCUAAUCCUGGUAUCAACAAUCUUGGUCCAAAUGGUGGACGGACAAAGAUGGAUCUAUGAUAUUUUGGGGAUAUGGGGAAGUGAUUAAAUUUUCUUGAUAAAAGUUUGAAUAGGAAAGAAAAGAAAAAGAAAAAGACUCAGAUGAGCAAGUUUUCAACAAAAGACAGAGUCGUAUAGGUUGUUUCUCCCAACUCCUAACUGUUUGUUCUUCGAGUUUUAGCAGAAGAUGACUCGUUAUUUUUUAAGAACCAUGUACAUUUAAACGGACAUAAGAAGGAAAAAAAAACCCGGGUGUUUGGUUUGUGGAAGAUGAUGUUGAGCAAGGAUAUGCAUGAAGUUUAUGAGGGUUUUUAUUUUUUUUGUGUGUUGAAAGGAAAAAUUUGCUGUAAAGAGUGUUUCAUUGUUAGAAAAAACAAGAAAAAUGAUGUGUUAUUUUAUGAGAAAAUAUUGGGUGUAUUUGUUUGGGUUGGGAAUAUGAAGGUUUAGAGGUUUUUUGUUGGUUGUUUGUGGUCCUCAUAAAUCUUUGGAAGAACAGGAAGGAAGCGUGACCACUUUUAGAUGAAGUCAUGAAUCAUUGUUUGUUGAGCAAAUAUAUUCUGGUAUAUUGGUUUGUUGAUGAUUUAGUUUAAA